GACCGGACCCGCAGUACAGAGGGAAGUACAGGCUAGUUGACGUUAGCUGUAUCGCUAUUUCAACAACUACUCUGAGUUUUCUGGUCGAAAACCCAAACUUCACAUUGUCGCCACAAUGAAAGAUGUUACCGGGUACCUCAAACAGCAGCAGAGCAACAGCUCGACGCCGGAGAUGGCAGCGGAAUGGCACACACUGGAGGAUUUAUACAACAAAAAGUUGUGGCAUCAGUUAACACUGAAGCUUACAGAGUUUGUCAAAGAUCCUUGCUUCAAAACGGGAGAUGGCCUCAUACAGCUCUAUGACAAUUUCCUCAGCGACUUUGAACACAGAAUCAAUCCACUGUCCCUGGUAGAGAUCAUACUCUAUGUUGCCAGACAGAUGCCAGAUCCUAAAGAUGCCAUCACUUUCCUCGAGAAGACCAAGGAAAAGGUGAAAAGCAGUGAAGAGGCCGUCAUUCUUUGUAAGACAUCAAUUGGCAGUCUUAAACUGGAGAUCAACGAUCUUCCAGCCACAAAGAAAAUCAUUGAAGAGGUUGAGGAAAUGUUGAACAACUUGCCUGGGGUGACGUCUGUCCAUGGCCGCUUUUAUGACCUCUCAAGCAAAUAUUACCGCAUCAUUGGAAACCAUGCCGCUUAUUACAAGGAUGCUCUGCGCUACCUGGGAUGUGUAGACAUCAAAGAUUUGCCAGAGACAGAGAAGCAGGAGCGAGCAUUCACAUUGGGUCUGGCUGGACUCUUAGGAGAGGGAGUCUACAACUUCGGAGAGCUGCUGAUGCAUCCCGUCUUAGAGUCACUGAGGAGCACAGACAAGCAGUGGCUCAUCGACACACUGUAUGCCUUCAAUGGAGGCAACGUGGAGAAAUUCCAGAGUUUCAAGUCUGCCUGGGGCCAACAGCCGGACCUUGCAGCACACGAGGCAAAACUGAUGCAAAAGAUCCAGCUGCUAUGCGUGAUGGAGAUGACCUUCACCCGUCCUGCAAACCACAGGCAGCUGACCUUCCAUGAGAUUGCUCAGAGUGCCAAAAUCCCCGUCAGUGAGGUGGAGCUUCUGGUCAUGAAGGCUCUGUCAGUGGGCCUCAUUAAAGGCAACAUCGAUGAGGUGGACCAGAAGGUGCAGAUGACCUGGGUGCAGCCCAGAGUGCUGGACCUGCAGCAGAUUAAGGGUAUGAAGGAGAGGUUGGACUUCUGGUGUGGCGAUGUGAAGAACAUGGCCAUGCUGGUGGAGCAGCAGGCCCACGACAUCCUCACCUGAAGAGCUUCUCCUCCCGGCCUGGUUCAUCCACACAGGAACACAAACGGAAAUCUCACCUCAUCCCCCAGCUACGAGGAGUAUUGCACCCUGUAUUUUUUUUUUUUUUUUCACUUUUUGUAUUUUUUUUCCCCUCUAUCUCUGUUUGAUGUCCAUUCUUUCUAUGUUACUAUAACCAUUCAUCACCAAACCGUAAAUUACAUUGUUGUAUUUUACAAAUAAAAAAAUCUGGUUUGAACAUCCUUA